GACCGUGGGGAAGGGGGCGGGCUGAAUGCCGGCUUCCGGCGGGUGAGCGCGCGAGCAAGAUGGCUACUACCAAGCGUGUGCUGUACGUGGGUGGGUUGGCAGAGGAGGUGGACGACAAAGUUCUUCAUGCUGCCUUUAUCCCUUUUGGAGACAUCACAGAUAUUCAGAUUCCUCUGGAUUAUGAAACAGAAAAGCACCGAGGAUUUGCUUUUGUUGAAUUUGAGUUGGCAGAGGAUGCCGCCGCGGCUAUCGACAACAUGAAUGAAUCUGAGCUCUUUGGACGGACAAUUCGUGUGAAUUUGGCAAAACCAAUGAGGAUUAAGGAGGGCUCGUCCAGACCAGUGUGGUCAGAUGAUGACUGGUUGAAGAAGUUUUCUGGGAAGACUCUUGAAGAGAAUAAGGAGGAAGAAGGGUCGGAGCCCCCCAAAGUGGAAACCCAGGAGGGCGAGCCCGCGGCAAAGAAGGCCCGGUCCAACCCUCAGGUGUACAUGGACAUCAAGAUCGGCAACAAGCCGGCCGGCCGCAUCCAGAUGCUGCUGCGUUCCGACGUUGUUCCCAUGACAGCAGAGAACUUCCGAUGCCUGUGCACCCACGAGAAGGGUUUUGGCUUUAAGGGGAGUAGCUUCCACCGCAUCAUCCCCCAGUUCAUGUGCCAGGGCGGCGAUUUCACGAACCACAACGGCACAGGGGGCAAGUCCAUCUACGGGAAGAAGUUCGACGAUGAGAACUUUAUUCUCAAACACACGGGACCAGGCCUGCUCUCCAUGGCCAACUCCGGCCCCAACACCAACGGCUCCCAGUUCUUCCUGACGUGCGACAAGACCGAUUGGCUGGAUGGCAAGCACGUGGUGUUUGGGGAGGUCACAGAAGGCCUGGACGUUCUGCGGCAGAUUGAGGCCCAGGGCAGCAAGGACGGGAAACCAAAGCAGAAGGUGAUCAUUGCUGACUGCGGGGAAUACGUGUGAGUCCACGCAGGCUGUCUCUGCACCGCCCCUGCGUAUCUGGGAGCCGUCUGCCUGGGAGCCAGCACGUGAGGGUGUCCCUCUUUGUGGCGCAGGGGUGUGUGUCAUGGCCCUUCUUGGGGUCAGCUUGGAGCAGCUCUUCCGCAGACAUGGCCUGGGCUCCCUCUGGCUCAUUCCCAGGUGUGGCCGUGGGCCCGGGAGCUUGCAGAGGCGCCGCCUUCCCCACUGUGGACGGGCUGCACGUGGCCUUUUCCAGGCCUUUGCUGCCACAGCUUCUCCUGGGCCCACCAGUGGGGCUCCUGGUAAAAUAAAUCCUAGUUCUUGUACCGCCGAGUCCAGCUAGUUCCUGGGACUUGUCAGAGAUUGCGUCUGUGGCUAAGCUGUCCUGCUGAACUAGGCUGGCAGAGGGACAGGGCAUAGCUUUUAUUUUCUCCCUUGGGUGGAAUUCCCCAAGAUGCCAGGUGUUGUGUCUUCAAGCCAGGUACCCUUGCCAGACCACUGGCAGGACAGUGGAAAUCAGAAAUCCUGAAGUGCCCGUCUUCUGCUGCCUCUACCCCUGACCUCCUGCCGCCGGUCUCUGAGGCAGCAAGUGUACUUCAUCACUCCCAGUGAUUCGUUUCUUCAUAUUCGUUCUACAGAAUUUUUUUUUUUAAGUAACCUGUACGCCUAGGGUGGGGCUUGAACUCCUGACCCUGAGAUCGAGAGUGGCACGCUCUGACUGCGCUAGCCGGGCGCCCCCAUUCUGCAGAGUUCGUAAAUGCUGUUGUACGGCUCAGAGUGCCUUCUCUGUGCCAGGGACUGUGCUUGCUUGUCUGGAGGCGGGAGGUCACCCGGCUCCGUGGGCCUGAUGAGCCUGCCGCUUCUUUGUGAAUAAAGUUCCCAGAACACAGCCACAUCCAUCCGUUUACAUAUUAUGUGUGGCUGCCUCCCUACUGCUGGGACAGACCCUGUAUGGUCCCUAUGUCAGCGCUUUCCAGAGAAACAGAACCAGUAGGACGGGUGUAAAUACGUAUAUGGAGAGAGAUUUAUGUAAAGGACUCGGCUCUGUGGUUGUCGGGGCUGGCAAGUCGGAACUGUGCAGGGCCAGCAGGCUGGAGAACCAGGGAAGAGUUGAUGUUGCAGUUCGAGUCCGAGGGCUGUCUGGAGGCAGAAUUCCUCCUCCAUCGUGCAGUCUGUCUUCUCUCUCUUAAAGGCUUUCCACUCAUUGGAUGAGGCCCACCCACAUUAUGGAGGGUAAUCUGUGCUACUUCUAGUCUUCUGCUUUAGACAUUAAUCACAUCUGAAAAGUACCUUCUCAGCAACAUCUAGACUGGUGUUUGAGCAAAAACUGGCUAUCACAGCCUAGCCAAGUUGACACAUAAAAUGAACCAACACAGCCUCAAAGCCUAAAAUACUGACUUUGCAGGAAGAGUUUGCUGAUGGCUGAAACACAUGGUCCGACCCCGUGCUGAGCUCUGGUCCUCCUAAUGCAGCCGCUGCUUGGAGCUCAAGUCAGGCUGGCUUCUCUUGCCAGUCCCUCUCCACAUACUGCUCAGACAGGUGGCCUUCAUGAAUCGCUCACUUGCUGAAAGCCCCGAGCAGGCACUGAGCCCCAUGGCCACUAGACACCUGUCUGUGGCUGGGUUACUGGGACUGUUCAGAAUCCACUGGGCUGGGCUUUUUCAUCUUGAGAUCUGGACAAGCCAGGUGCCGGAGAAGCCUGGUGCCUCCUGCCCUGGUGAGCCCAGGAGCGCUCCUGUGAGGGAUGAUGGCAUUCUGGCCCUGCCUCUGGCUUCUGUGCUCCCGACAGACUGCCAGCCCUUGGCUGAGCUCCUGCUUAGGGCUUCUGUCUCCUUGUGACUAGGGUGUACCACAUGGUUACCCUUGACCCUAUGGAGUUCCCAAAAGAGACCUUCCCUCAAAGCACAGGCCUCCACUCUGAGGGCAAACUCUGGCCAUCACAGGUCAAUCACCAGGAAGGGAUGUCUAUAAAGGGCAUAGCAUGGCCACCUCCCAAGAGAGGACUGACUUCUGUGACAAUGACCUUGUUGCUUUCUGUUCAUCCCUGGUAGCACCCACUGGACACCAGGGCCUCUCCCAGUGCUCUCCAGAGUGUCCACAGGUGUUAUCACUUUAUCCACAGCGGAACCCGAUACAGAGGGAACCAAGGCCCGGAUGACAUGCUGUAAAGGUCACCCAGUCACCCAGAAUAUGGCAGAGCUGGGAUAGCUAGCUCAGCCUGCCUCCUCCUAGUUUAAUGGGGUCCUGGGAGAUUUACUGGGCUCUAGCCUCAGUCUAUGGUAGGGGGCCCAAGGCCCUGGGGGAAGACACAGCCAUGGUUCCUAUAAUUAGCCUAGAUCCUUUGGGAUGACCCAAGGAAACUGGGCUCUUCUCUGCCAGGCAGGAGGGGCCCCAGAGCCUGAGGAACAGUGGCCCAGCUGCCUGGUUUGGCUGUCACAGCACCCCAGACCUCUGUCACGUGGGAAGGCUCUGCCGUGUCGGAAUUGGAUUCAAGGGUGCCAUGCGGCCUUUGCUGUGGCCCAAAGGACAGAGUGCCUUCUUCGGUCUGCCUGGCUCCCGUCCAGGGUGGCCUCCUGGUCUGUGUGCACGUUACUCUGCUGUGGCAAACACAGCUGGGUUUUGCUGGUGUGUGGACUCCUUCGGGCUGUGGCCCUGAGGUCAGGGCCGUGGCUGCUGAAGGCCCCUCCCUGACAGCACGUGUGCCUUCAGACGCUGUGGGCUCUCGGCCUGGUCACAGCAGCCGGCAGCAACCCUCCUGGGAAGGCAGUAGGGACCUACUUUUUAGUUGCGAACAGGGAGUCUCGUAGGCUUCUGGGGUUAAAAACCUAGAGAGCCAUGUUUUCAAAAAAUAUUUAUUAACAGGAAAAUUUGUACUGCAUAAUAAAGUGGGAAAAGCACAUUUCAAAGUAAUUUAUAUAAGACAGUAUGAUCCCAAUUUUGUAAAAAUAUCUAUAAUAUGUAAACAGCUAUAUGUGUAUAUCCUCAGAAAAAAGCCUAGAAAUGAAUUCACCAAAAUAUUAGUGUUUAUCUGAGUUAUACAACUGUGAUGGUUUUAGUUGGCUUUUUUCCCCCAAUUUUUCCUCAAAACAGAAUUAUUUUUAUAAUAAAUGAAAAACCCAUUUUUCAAAA